AUUGAUGCGAGAAAUGAGAUUGUGUGCUUAAAUAUCUCAACCGUCACAUAAUUGAAAACUAUAUUUCACAUUUUUUUUUCUCAUUAAUUCAUUUUCUUCUUCUUCUUCGUUUUCUCUGCUUCACAACUUCUCCCAAAAUGUUGAGCGCUUUCGAAAUUCGUAACAUCGUCGGAAUCAUCGGAAAUAUCAUUUCAUUUGGUCUCUUUAUUUCGCCGGUGCCAACAUUUUAUAAAAUCUAUAAGAGCAAAUCAGUGGAGGAGUUCAAGCCAGAUCCUUAUAUUGCAACAGUAAUGAACUGUAUGUUUUGGGUUUUCUAUGGAACUGUUCAUCCAGACAGCACUUUGAUUAUCACCAUUAAUGGCGUUGGUCUCGCCAUAGAGCUUUUUUAUUUGGCUAUCUUCUGUUGGUAUGCUGAAUCCAAAUCCCGGAAAAAAGUUGGAAUUUGCCUUGCGAUUGAAGUUCUUUUCUUGGGGAUUGUUGCUCUAAUAACUCUUUUAACAUUGCAUGGAACCAAGAAAAGAUCAUUGUUGGUUGGAAUAAUAUGUGACAUUUUCAAUGUUAUAAUGUACGCUUCUCCUCUAACCAUCAUGGCAAAGGUGAUAAGGACAAAGAGUGUAAAGUAUAUGCCAUUUACACUCUCAUUAGCCAACUUCCUCAAUGGUUGCAUUUGGACUGCUUAUGCUCUCAUCAUAUUUGAUAUCUUUGUCUUGGUUAGCAAUGGUCUUGGGGCAAUUUCAGGUCUUCUUCAACUCAUUCUUUAUGGAUAUUACUCCGUUUUCCAUCAAAAUAAGGAAGACAGUGAUUCUAAAACAAGUGAAGUUCAGCUCUCCACCACUGCCACUGCAUAAACACCAACAAAACUCCAUUCAUCUAACAAAGUCACUUAUAUAUGGAAUGGAAGGAAGGGUUUGUAUGUGGAGCUGAGAGGAAGGGAUUUGGAGAAAAGAAUUGAAUGAAUUGUGACAGUAGUUUUGAAGUUGUAUUCAUUUUCAUAGCUCUAAAUUGAGAUAGGAGAUUUGAUUGAUAUUAUAUAUUAGCUAGAACGGAUUUUUUUUUGUUUUUAGAAGUAGUAAUAUUGAAUUUUGGUAUUAUGUUCUACGUCUUUAGCAGCCCUUUAACAUGUACUAUCGAUCUUAAAAUUUUUGGGAAGAAAUUACAGCUCUAGCUUUUUUUUCUUUUUGAGAUAGAAA